AUGAAUUUAAACCACAGUGGUGAUUGUUUUUUUGAUACGAUUCUUGAUGGGAUGUCGAGGGGAGAUUCACAUAUUGGAAUCAUCACUGAAGAACAAGAGCCUAUCCAGGUGGAGAAUUUAACUGGAAAGCAAAAAAAAAAUCCACGUCUUAGUAAUUUUUCCACAAAGGAAGAUGUGGCUUUAGUUUCAGCAUGGCUAAACACGUCAUUGGAUGCAAUUCACUCGACGGACCAGAAAGGAUCGACAUUUUGGAGAAGGGUUUCAUCAACAUAUCACGAUGCAAUUGCUCAAAUCGAGUCCUCUCGUCCUUCUGGUGUCAAUGAACAAGAUAAGAUUGAGAAGGCCAAAAUCAUGUAUCAUGACAUUCAAAAGACAAAUUUUCAGUUUGAGCAUUGCUGGAACAUACUACGACACCAACCCAAAUGGAUUUCACACAUGGAGGGGGGAAACACCAAGCGACGUUCUAAUUUGUCAUGUUCUCCAUCUACACCAGAGUCAAUUAACUUAAGUGAUGAAAUGCCGCCCAAUAGUCCCACCAUUGAUUUGGAGAGACCUAUUGGUUUGGAGAGACCUAUUGGUAAGAAGGCUGAGAUAGAGAACAGGAGAAAAGGAAAAAACAAAGACAAAGAUGGUGGCUCUCUUGGUGAAGUAAUUUCUGAAUUGAAGUUGGGUAAGUUCAAGAUGCAUGAACAGAAGGUGAAAAUGCAUGAAGAGAAAAUGAGUAUGGCAAAGCUAGAGAUGGAGAAGCAAGAUGAACAUGAGAACAAAAGGAUGAAGCUAAAAGAGAUGAAAGAAGAAAGGGAGCACAAGAGGAUGAAGAUUCAAGAGAGGUAA